AUGGGCGUCUGGCUGCGACUGGCCUUUUUACUGUUGCUGCUGCUGGGCCUGGGACAGUCCGCAUGGCCUGCUGCGGUGGCCCUGGCACUGCGCUGGCUCCUGGGGGACUCUAUCUUCUGUGUGCUGCUCGGCCUGGCCAUGCUGGCGCGGCCCUGGCUCUACCCCUGGAUGCCCCACUGGCUGAGUCUGGUGGCCGCGGCACUCAUGCUGGCUGUGUUGCCCGCACGGCCACCCCCAGGGCUGCGCUGGCUGCCUGCAGACUUGGCCUACAUCUUCGGGAUCCUCCACCUGGGGCUAAACAUCAAGGCGCGCAUGAGCCGCCGGCCGCCCAACACCUUUGUGGAUACCUUUGAGCGGCGAGCACAAGCACAGCCGGACCGGGCGCCCUUGGUGUGGAAGGGUCCGGGGGGCCGCUCGGUCACCUUCAGGGAGCUGGACGAGAGAGCAUGCCAGGCAGUGUGGGCCCUGAAGGCCGAGCUGGGCAGCCUCACAGGCUUGCUUGCUGGGGAGCCUGCCGCCCUCCUAGUGCUGCCCUCCCAGGCCAUUCCGGCCCUAGGUUUGUGGCUGGGGCUGGCCAAGUUGGGCUGCCCCGUCGCCUGGAUUAAUCCGCAUGCCCGGGGGGCACCCCUGCUACACUCCGUACUGAGCUCUGGGGCUCGGUUGCUGGUGGUGGACCCAGACCUCCAGGAGAAUCUGGAAGAGGUCCUUCCCAAGCUACAGGCAGAGAACAUCCGAUGCUUCUACCUCAGCCACUCCUCCCCAACCCCAGGAGUGGGGGCUCUGGGGACUGCUCUUGACGUUGCACCCACCGACCCUGUGCCCGCUGACCUACGUGCUCGGAUCACAUCAAAAAGCCCUGCCCUGUUUAUCUACACCUCAGGGACCACUGGACUCCCAAAGCCGGCCAUUGUCACACAGGAACGGCUGCUACAGAUGUGCAAGAUGCUGUCCCUGGGUGGGGUCACAGCUGAUGAUGUGGUCUACACAGUCUUGCCUCUGUACCAUGUGAUGGGGCUUGUCCUUGGAAUUCUUGGCUGCCUGGAGCUUGGAGCAACCUGUGUCCUGGCGCCCAAGUUCUCUGCUUCCUGCUUCUGGGAUGACUGUCGGCAGCAUGGUGUGACUGUGAUCCUGUAUGUAGGCGAGGUCCUACGGUACCUGUGUAACACUCCACAGCGACCAGAGGACCGGACACACACAAUCCGCUUGGCAAUGGGCAAUGGACUCCGAGCAGAUGUGUGGGAGUCCUUUCAGCAGCGCUUUGGCCCCAUUCGGAUCUUGGAAACCUAUGGCUCCACGGAAGGCAACAUUGGCUUCGUCAACUAUCCAGGGCGCUGUGGGGCCCUGGGCAAGAUGAGCUGCUUGCUUCGAAUGCUGUCCCCCUUUGAGCUUGUACAAUUUGACACGGAGGCUGAGGAGCCUGUCAGAGACAGUCAGGGAUUCUGCAUCCCUGUGGGACUAGGGGAGGCGGGGCUCCUGUUAACCCAGAUAGUGGGCCACCACCCUUUCCUGGGCUACCGCGGGGCACGAGAGCUGUCGGAACGGAAGUUGGUGCGGAAUGUGCGGCGCAGGGGCGACGUUUACUUCAACACCGGAGACGUGCUGGCUAUGGACCAAGAAGGCUUCCUUUACUUUCGGGACCGCCUGGGGGACACCUUCCGAUGGAAAGGUGAGAACGUAUCUACGCGGGAGGUGGAGAGCGUUUUAUCCCUUGUGGACUUCCUGCAGGAGGUGAACGUCUACGGCGUCUCUGUACCAGGUUGUGAGGGCAAGGUGGGGAUGGCUGCUGUGCGGCUGGCCCCAGGCCAGACCUUCGAUGGUCAGAGGAUGUACCAACAUGUCCGCACUUGGCUCCCUGCCUAUGCUGCACCCCAUUUCAUCCGUAUCCAGGAUGCCCUGGAGAUCACAAGCACGUUCAAACUGGUGAAGUCCCGGUUGGUGCGUGAGGGCUUCAAUGUAGGCGUCAUUGCUGACCCUUUGUUCGUGUUGGACAACCAGGCUAAGACCUUCCAGCCCCUGACACCGGAAACGUACCAGGCCGUGUGCAAUGGAACCUGGAGACUCUGACCAUCUGGCCUGUCCACAUCUGAAGUGGCAGUGCCCAAUGCAGACUACCACUCAUAUUGGCAGGAUCCUCUCCACCACAAAUCUGUUGAGGGUUAUCAAGAAUCGCAGCCUGGCCAUAACCCCAGUUGAAGAGAGUAAGAUAACUGUGGGCCCAGUAGUGGAGUGAGA